AUGACUUUUCCCGAGCUCAUAGCCGCACAGUGGGAAACGUUUGACAAUCCUCCGCAGGGCAUUUUUCGCCUCUUCUUCCCCAUUGAAGAUGGCGAUUGGGAAAAGAGCCCACAGAGAACAGCCGACCGUCAAAUGGAUCAAGGGAUUGCGGCCGCUGCCAAAUGGUAUUUAUUCGACAAUGCCAGCUCUUUGGCCAAACGCCCACCGGUCGAGGUUGAUUGGUAUCCCAAAGGUGUAAUCAGGAACUUUGUGACUCAGGCUGUGCAGCAAUAUGAGCAGCCACGGCAUGAGAUGGGCCAAGGGCCGCAUGCGUACCUCCACAUUGGUUUCACGAGACCCAAGUAUCAAAAGCAAGGUCUUGGUAGUAAGUGGAUGGAAUGGGGACUGGCAGAGGCAGACCGAUUGGGGCUGGAGACCAGACUGGAUGCCACUGAUCCCGGUGUUCCUCUCUACGAAAAGUGCAACUUUCAGGUAGCCAAGGUGCAUGAAUUGAGGCCGGCAAUGCCCGCGAGCCUGACGAGGAGUGAGAUGCGGGAAUGGAAACGCUGCGAAGAGGAAUUUCUACCCAUUCGCACCACUGUGAUGGUGCGCUUCCCAGGUGGAGUUCCCGCUGCAAGCAUGGAGGUUCAAGGAAGUCAGUAG